CGUAAGGACAACUGCGCAGUAGCUUAGCAGUCGACUUUGUAUGAUCUCACUCGGCUGGUGGAUCCUCCGAACAAUCGUUCUGUGACAGCUUUUGUACAUCAAUGAUGCGCAGCCAACUCCAGUCACAAUGUAAAGAAUCACAUUAUUUGUCUUACCCACUUUCUUUUCGGAUUUCAAAGGUUUCUCUGUGCGACUCGGGAAAUACGGGUUGAUCAGUUCGUGUUCAGGACAAGCUUGAUCACGAACACGACGAGUUUGUUUCAACUGCAGAGAUGGGCAUCAAAUCUGGGGAAGCACCAAGUGCGGCUAUCGAGAAGCACGGGUAUGAGUUUGGAGGCCCUCUGGGUGCCGCUGGCAUAGUCUUCGGCCUGCCUUUACUCGUCUACACGACCGUCUUCCUUUGCAACGACGUUUCAGGAUGCCCAGCCCCAGCUCUUUUGAACCCAAAGACCUUGACCCUAGCGAAGUUGAAAGCUCAAACACCAUGGCCCGAGGAUGGUCUGUCAGGGCUGUUUGAUGUCCAAGUCAUCGCAUGGACGCUGGCAUACUAUGCACUGAGUCUGGCGUUACAACUUUUUCUGCCGGGAGAAGAGGUUGAGGGCACAACUUUGCGCAGUGGCGGCAGACAUCACUACAAGUUCAAUGCGUUCAAUUCUGCUGUGCUCAUAUUGGCUGGCCUGGCUAUUGGAACUGCAAUCCAAGGCUCUGAUUUUGUGGUGUGGACAUUCAUUUGGGGCAACCUGCCUCAAUUGGUCACGGCAAACCUGCUGGUCUCCUACGUCCUCGCCAUCUAUGUUUACCUAGCCUCUUUCGGUGUCCCUCGUCACGGUCAAUCAAACACUGAGAAUCGCGAACUGGCGGAGGGAGGAGUGAGUGGCAACAUAUUGUACGACUUUUUCAUAGGUCGUGAGUUGAACCCUCGCAUGGCUGUCCCUCAAUGGGUUCCUGUCGCUGGCGGUCAGGUUAUUGACAUCAAGGCCUUCAUGGAGAUGAGGCCUGGACUCCUGGGAUGGUUGAUCCUUGAUCUAGCCUUCAUCGCUCACCAAUACAAAGCGCACGGCUUUGUCUCGGACUCCAUCAUUCUGAUCACGCUCUUCCAAGGGUUGUAUGUCCUCGACGCUCUCUACAUGGAGCCAGCCAUUCUCACCACGAUCGACCUCAUCCAAGAUGGCUUCGGCUUCAUGCUUUCCUUUGGAGAUGUGGUAUGGGUGCCCUUCAUCUACAGCCUACAAGCACGUUACCUCGCGGUCUACCCACUCACAUUGGGCAUCACUGGCGUUGCUGGUGUUCUGUCGAUCCAGGCCUUGGGUUAUUACAUUUUCCGGUCGGCCAACAACCAGAAGAACAGGUUCCGUACGAAUCCCAACGAUCCUCGCGUGUCAGACCUAGAAACAAUCACCACGGAAUCUGGCUCCAAGCUGCUAGUUUCGGGCUGGUGGGGAACGGCUCGACAUAUCAACUACCUUGGGGACUGGAUUAUGUCAUAUAGCUAUUCUUUGCCGACGGGCAUUGCAGGAUACAUUAUCCACAACUAUCAGAACCCCGUCACGGGUGCUGUGACCCGGGAGGUUGAGCAAGGCCAAGCACGUGGCUGGGGAAUGCUGUUCACCUACUUCUAUGUGGUAUACUUUGGCGUUUUACUCAUUCACAGGGAGAGGAGAGAUGAUGAGAAGUGUCGCAAGAAGUACGGCAAGGACUGGGAGAAAUACUGCAAGCGAGUCCCUUCGAGGAUCCUGCCUGGUGUAUACUAGCACUGUCACCUUGUCGCUCUGAAACCAUAUCCGGCCGAAGGUUUCCUGGCGCAGGAUGGGAACCAGAUAUUGAUCUAUCUCUUUUCUAACCGAGAACCAACAAGGGCCUAGGCCCGAUCACCAGACCGUCGGUACCAGUAGUUCCCCACUACUGCCCAGACUUUCAUAUCCCGUCGGGGCCCCCUGUUCUCCGGAUAAAGCCCACCUGAGU